GAGUCGGUCCACCAGGUCCUCCAGGGCCAUUUGGUCCUCCUGGUCCAUUAGGACCUCCUGGUCCAUUUGGUCCCCCUGGUCCAUUUGGUCCCCCGGGACCAUCAGGUCCCCCUGGUCCACCUGGUCCCUGUGGUCCACCUGGUCCUCCAGGUCCUCCAGGACCACCAGGUUUUCCUACACCAGGAGGUGUUGUCUCAUCUGUAGCAAGGGUUGGUCCACCUGGCCCUCCUGGUCCCCCAGGCCCUCCUGGUCCACCGGGUCCACCAGGCCCUCCGGGUCCACCAGGACCAAGUGGUUUUCCAGGUUCACCAAUGUCUUCUGGAUUUACUUCAGGUCCACCAGGUCCAUCAGGACCAUUAGGUCCGCCAGUCAGUUCAGGGCCACCUGGCCCUCCAGGACCACCAGGUCCAUAUGGCCCUCCAGGACCUCCAGGUCCAAAAGGCCCCCCUGGUCCAAAUGGCCCACCAGGACCACCAGGUACACCAAUAUCAGCAGGUAGGGUAACACCAGGAGCUAAAGAAGGCCCACCUGGCCCUCCUGGUCCAUCAGGCCCGCCUGGUCCUCCAGGCCCUCCAGGCCCCCCAGGUCCUCCUGGCCCACCAGGUCCACCAGGACCUAAUGGUCCUAAUGGAUCACCAACAUUAUCUGGAAUUUCUGGUUCUUCUUCUGGUGUAGGAGUCGGUCCACCUGGUCCACCAGGUCCAUUUGGUCCACCAGGUCCAUUUGGACCACCUGGUCCAUUUGGUCCCCCAGGCCCAUUUGGUCCACCAGGUCCAUCUGGUCCACCUGGCCCACCAGGCCCACCUGGCCCUCCUGGCCCACCAGGUCCCCCAGGGCCACCUGCAAUAGUUGGUCCUCCAGGUCCUCCGGGUCCACCUGGUCCACCAGGUCCUCCAGGUCCACCAGGUCCUCCAGGACCACCAGGACCAAGUGGUUUACCAGGUUCGCCAACAUCUUCCGGGUUUACUUCAGGUCCACCAGGGCCAUCGGGUCCAUUAGGUCCGCCAGGUCCACCUGCAAUUCAAAGGCAGGUUGUCGAUUAA